AUGCCCACCUGUCUUCUAAAGAGUCGAGUGGUGCAUGGCAAACGUUUUGUCAUACAUGUGCCCGUAAAGAUAAGAACCCAUCAUCACACGCACACCGUCUACACUCAUGUGCAUGAUAAAACCCACAGUGGCAGUGCGGGUAAAGCUUCCAAACAAACUAUUUAUAAAAUAAUGGGCUACUCAACACAUCAUACGGGUUUAGCAGCAGGAGGUGCUGGUGUUGCUGGCGGUAUGGGAGGUGUUAAAUCACAUCAACAUCGUCACCAUCAUGGUCAUGGGCUUGGUUAUCGUCAUAAUCGUGGUGGCAGCGACAAUGGUUAUGGCGAAAUUAAUUAUGACGAUUUUAUAAAUUGCGAUGAAGCUUUACCUCAAACUACUGGAAUUGGUGGAGGGGGAGGAGGAGGAGGAGGAGGUGGUGGUGUUGUUGCCCCUAGUCCUGGCGGCGAUAUGAUAUUUAAUCAUUUUUCAAGACAAGAUGAAGAAGAUUAUCCAGAUUUAGAAGCUUUUAUAGACGAUGAGAUUGGUGAUGAAUGGGAAUAA